CCACGAAGUUACCUGCCCCGCCCCGUUCUAUAUAUAUACCAACGUAAACUGUCAAAUUUUUUUCAUCAGAACAGACCCACGACUCUCUCGAGAAAAAGUAAGGUAAAUCAAUGGAUUCGUUUUCUUCUUUCUUCGAUUCGCAAUCUUCCUCUCGAAACCGAUGGAGUUAUGAUUCACUCAAGAAUUUCCGGCAGAUUUCUCCCGUUGUUCAAACACAUCUUAAACAGGUGUAUCUUUCUCUAUGUUGCGCAUUGUUGGCAUCGGCAGUUGGGGUUUAUCUUCACAUUCUUUGGAACGUGGGCGGUACACUGACCUCUCUCGGAUGCAUGGGCUGCAUCUUUUGGUUGCUAGCUACUCCUUUUCACCAAGAGCAAAAGAAAGUCUCCCUUCUCAUGGCUGCAGCGCUCCUUGAAGGAGCCUCGAUAGGUCCUUUGGUUCAACUGGCCAUUGAAUUUGACCCAAGCAUUGUGGUUAGUGCUUUCAUUGGUUGUUCUCUGGCGUUUGGUUGUUUUUCUGGAGCUGCAAUGCUUGCUAGGCGUAGAGAGUACUUGUACCUUGGUGGUCUUCUUUCCUCUGGUCUCUCCAUCCUACUUUGGUUGCACUUUGCAUCCUCAAUUUUUGGUGGUUCCAUGGCUCUAUUCAAAUUUGAGUUGUAUUUUGGACUCUUGGUGUUUGUGGGCUACAUAGUAGUUGAUACCCAGGAUAUUAUUGAGAAAGCACACUUGGGAGACCUGGACUACGUGAAUCAUGCUCUUACCUUGUUUACUGAUUUUGUUGCUGUGUUUGUACGAGUUCUAAUUAUCAUGGUAGGUGUCAUUUAUGAUGUUAUUAGUGUAUCUAUUUUUAUCUUGUUAUUUUUCAUUUGCUUACCGUGAAGUUGGAUGAUUUGUUGCAGCUGAAGAACGCAUCUGAGAAGGAAGGAAAGAAGAAGAAGAAGAGGAACUGAGUUACCCCAGCUUGAAAUUACAGAGGAGCUGAACCAAGUUCGUCUUGGAAAAUAAUUCUGUGUAUAAAAACAUUGUGUUUGCUUUUUUGUUUGGUAAUGGUAGGAUAUGAAUUAGUACCGUUGUCGACUACAUUGGUGAUGGAGCAUGUUUGCAUUUGAAGCCCGAUGGCUCUCAUCUUUUUCACUACUUGCGUUAUUUGAAUCUAGCAAAAGCUGGUUCCAACUGGUUUCUUAGCUUCA